UCUCAAUCUCAAUCUCAAUCUCAAUCUCAUUCUCAUUCUCAUUCUCAUUCUCAUUCUCAUUCUCAUCCAAACAACCCAUCUCUUUCCAUCUCUUCAACUUUUUCUGUCUACGAAUCUGUACAUCUCCUUGAAUGGCGUCCAAUACCCAAUCCUAUUUCGAAGAUAUGUUGCCCACCAUGGCCGACAAGUUGGGCGGGGAAGGGUUGAUCGAAGAGCUCUGUAAUGGGUUUCGGUUGCUGAUGGACGGUGAUAAAGGGGUCAUCACGUUCGAUAGCCUCAAGAAAAACGCAGCCCUGUUAGGGUUGCAGGAAUUGAGGGACGAUGAUCUGAGAGGAAUGUUGAGAGAAGGCGAUUUCGACGGUGAUGGAGCACUCAAUCAGAUGGAGUUUUGUGUUCUGAUGUUCAGAUUGAGCCCCCAAUUGAUGGAACACUCUCAGUUUUUGUUGGAGGAAGCUUUGAAUGAUUUAUAUUGAUUUUUCUUGUUUUUUUCACACACAUUUUGGAUCGAAACAUAUACACAAGAUUUAAUGAACAAAGCAAUUUAUUAAAUUUGGGCAUUUUGCCAAGUGAUUAUACUUA